AUGAGCCAGCUUUCUAGCUUGCUGAGUUUGAUUCUAGUCAUCAGUAGCACGGCAGAAGAUCUACAUCUGACGACCAACGAUGAAGGAUAUCUUACCGUUAUCCAAGGAUUCGCUGCUCAACUCAACUGCGCUCUCAACACCUGCUCACCGAACGUUAUCUGGUCUAAAGAUGAUGUAAUUCUCUUUAAUGGUACGAGUUUUGUGAAAUCGUCAUCGGUGGAUGAGAAAUCGUACAAACUUCAGCACAAAGUUGAAAUCGACUAUGAAAAAGGUUGUUCGAGUUCGUGUGACGAUUCGACACUAUGCGCCAUAGGGACUUCGUGUGUAGAUAAUCAGUGCUGUAGUUGUUCAAAGGAGGAGUUUACACUGAUUCUAAGGAAUUUAUCAUUCGAAGAUUCUGGACGCUACAGAUGCCAAAUCGGUAACCAAUCUGAACAACUGGAGUUCCAGGUUGAAGUGCUUGAAUCCGGUCUUAAAGGUGGAUUUCACGAGAACAUCUCCUACGAUCAUUCUGAAUGCUGCGCUGAGAAGGGUAUCUCUACGCUUUGCCGAGCGAUGUGUAAACCAAGUGAAAUGGCCGAAUAUCACUUCGAUCCGACAAGUUGCAAGACUGACGAUUAUAAGAACUUCCUCGCGUGUGCCACUGAUAAUGGGAAUCGUACACAUGUGCACUGUUGCAAGACACAACUAGUACCGUCCUUUUGCUAUGACUUUUGCUCAGGAGACUUUAAAAUGCUUCGUCGAUCACAUCGUCUGUGUUUGUACUAUCUGCCGGAGAUAUUCGAAUGCUACAAUCGAGCCUACCGUAUGUUAACAAAUCCUCCUUUAGAGCGUUUUCCUACUCGUAACCGUAUUCCACUGACGGCGUCCUUAUCAGACAGCCAUCAUCAUUCAUAA